AUGGCUGCCAUUGACCCUGAGAGCAAUCCAGCGGAUGCAAAGGUCAGCCUCCAAAAAGAUGAGCAUGGAGUCACUGCCCAUCAGAUAGAAAAGCUGUCCGAGGUCAAUGAUCACCUUGGCCAUUUAGUUGGACAGGAGGACCACCAGCUUUCCCCAUUGCAGGCAAUCAAGAAGUACCCCUGGCAAGCGCUGUGGUGCCUCUAUGCGGCAUGGAUCAUCGUCCUUGCAAGUUUCGAAGGCGUAGCUGGUGGCAAUGUCAUUGGCAUUCCCCAAUUCCGCCAGGACUUUGGCUCAAAAUAUGCUGGAGACUAUGUCUUAGACGGAAAAUGGCAGAGUGCAAUCAACGGGGGUCCUAACGCAUCAAUUGCCAUUGGUACCUUGAUCUCUGCAUAUAUUUCCGAUGUAAUUGGACGCAAAUGGAUGCUGAUGAUCGGUUGUCUUCUGGGAUAUGCUGGAAUCACGCUGGAGAUUGUUGCUAACGACAUUGCGGUGUUCUUUGCCGGCAAGUUCAUCAAUGGGUUCGCUAUUGGUGUAUACCUUAAUGUUGGUGUCACUCUCGUUGGAGAGGUAUGGUCUUCUACCUUUCUCAUUCCUCUGAUAAAAUUCACUUUAGGAACUAAUUUCGUUUGUGAUAAGCUUGCACCAUUGGCUCUUCGUGGUGUGAUGACAGCAGUCCUGGCAGUCUCAUAUUCUAUUGGGCCACUUCUCGCGACCAUUAUCAUGAACUUUACCUCGGACACGACCACUCGUUGGGCUUACCGAGCAAUCUUUGCAUCUCAGUAUGGUUUCCUCGGCCUUGUGACAAUAUUUUGGUUCUUCAUGCCAGAAUCCCCUUGGUGGCUCAUGACCAAAGAUCGGGAAGACAAAGCCGAAAGAUCCCUGAGAACUCUUGGCGUCUCCGAGGAAGAGAUGCCGAAACGUCUGGCCAUUAUGAAGGUUACCUUGGCCAAGAUCAGCCAGGAAUCCGAAGGUGUAACAUACCUCGAGUGUUUCCGAGCCAGCAAUCUCCGCAGGACCGUCAUUACUAUCGCACCUCUAACCAUCCAGGCCCUUUGUGGCAUUGGCUUCAUCGGGAGCUACUUCACCUACUACGCGCAGCUUGCUGGUUACUCUACCUCGGCCUCCUUUCACCUGACCAUCAUACAGCAGAUUCUUAGUUUGACCGGUAGUUGCACCUCGGUGUUUCUCAUUGACCGAGUCGGCCGUCGUGAUCUCACCCUUUGGGCCCUCAUAGGCCUGACAGUGUUGCUCAUGAUCGCAGGCGGUCUGGGCACGCAGACGGAGAAUGAAGCCGCCAUCAAGGGAGUGAUUGCGUUUGAACUAUUGUACACAUUGUGGUAUAACGCGUCCAUUGCCGCUUCUGCAUACACUCUCCUCGCUGAGACAGCAACCACACGCCUUCGCGCAAAGUCGAUUGCAUUGGGCGUGGCGUUGCAGAAUUCCGUCUUCACCAUGUGGGCAUUUGUCCUUCCGUACAUCUUCAACCCAGACCAGGCGAAUCUAGGUGCCAAAACUGCCUUUAUCUUUGGCGGUGUUUCUGUUUUGUGCAUUGUCUACAUCUGGCUUUAUCAGCCCGAGACGGCUGGUCGGUCGUUUGAGGAACUCGAUGAGCUGUUUAUGAAGCGGAUCCCAGCCCGGAAGUUCAAGACGUACAAGACAGAGACGGAGCGCCAAAGCGAGCGUGCCAUGGAAGCGGAGCAGAUUCUGAGCGUUGUGAACAAGGAGUGA